AAUUUAUGAUUGAAAAUAUUCAAGCUUUGACGAAUUGGGAAUAUAUGAUACGACAGCUGCCAUCGAUUUUAUCUUAAACAAAACUGGAUAUUCUACACUACACAUGGGUGGUUAUUCUUUCGGAGCUACUAUAUGCCUGAUCGCAUUAGCUGAAAGACCAGAAUACAACAAAAAAAUUGAUAAAUUAGUGUUGAUAGUGCCAACGGCCAGAAUGAAGUACUAUGACCGAAGACUAAUCAUUUUAAAGAUAUUCCCAUUUUUAUUCCACAGAACUUUGAAAGGAAGAGAAUAUAUACCUAAGAUGAAGCAUCCAGACAAUCAAUGGUUUGGAAAUCAAUGUAAAAAUAAAAAAUACAUGAAAUUAAUUUGUAUUUUUGCAAUGGAUAUAUUACAAGGAAAUUAUUUGUCGAUAGAUUACUCAACCAUUGAUAUCCUGAAAACAUAUCCUCAGCCAACGUCCGUUAAAGUAAUGACACAUUAUUACCAACUUAUACUAGCUGAUUAUUUCCGAAAAUAUGAUUAUGGAAAAAUAGGUAAUAUCAAACAUUACCAAUCCAUUACUCCACCAAGUUAUGAUUUAUCUCAAAUAACAGCUGCUACGUAUAUUUAUCAUUCAAAAUACGACGUUAUAGCUCCACCAAAGGUAAGAAUGAACUUGAGAUGUACUUAAUUAAUUUUUAAACGG